AAAUAUUUAAAAAUUGUUAUAUAUUAUUUUGUAUUUUGUUUGGUAUAAAAAUAAAACAGUAAACACUAAUCAAGGAAAAAACCAUUUAGGAUGUCAGUCUCAGUGAUCAGUCGUGAUAGUCAUCUAUUAGUUUUGAAUCGUGUUUUGUGUAAUCGCGUCGAAUAUUUUUUGAAUAUGUCUCGUCGACAUAUUUCUAACGUUUGGUUACAUUUUACGAGAAACAAGGAAAGAAGUAUAGCGAAAUGUAACAAAUGUAAAAAAGAAUACAAGACAAGCGGAAAUACUAGCAAUUUGAGGGAUCACCUCAAAAGAUUUCACGCCGAAUUAGAGUCGACUGAACCGAGUGAAGAUGACAUACACGACGCAAAUACUUCCUCUGUAACAAUUCCAUCAUUUUUCAAAAAGCAAACUGCAUAUGACCGCAAUAGUCACAGAAAACUUGAGUUGGAUAAAGCACUUGUAUUUAUGGUAUCUAAAGACUUUCAACCAUUUUCUAUUGUAGAUGAUGUUGGUUUUAAAAAUUUUAUUCAACUGUUAGACCCUAGGUAUGAUUUACCAUCUAGAAAAACACUAACAGAUGUAUUAUUAAAAAGACAAUACGAAGAAAGUAAAAUAAAACUAUUAGCAAUAUUUGAAAAAGUAUCAUAUAUCAGUUUAACAUGUGAUCUAUGGACAUCUAGAUCAAAUGAGGGAUAUUUAACUGUUACAUCUCAUUUUAUUGAUACUGAUUUUAACAUGCGUUGUGCAGUUUUAUCAACAAAUUUAAUGAAAGGUAACCACACUGCAAAAAAUAUUGCAGAAGAAAUUCAAAUAAUUUGUAAUGCCUGGAAAAUAAAAGAAAAAAUUGUAUCUAUUGUCACAGACAAUGCAUCAUCUAUGAUAAAAGCAUGUGAAAUUUUAAAAGUUCGACAUACUCCGUGUUUUGCGCAUACUUUAAAUUUAGUUCUUGAAGAUGCAUUAAGUCAUAAAGAUAUUCAAACAGUCGUCAAAAAAUGCAAAGAUAUUGUAACAUAUUUUAAAUGUAGUAACAUAGCAACACAAAAGUUACUUGAUGAACAAGAAAAAGUAAAUAAAAAGCCUCUUAAACUUGUACAAUCAUGUCCUACCAGGUGGAACAGUACCUUACACAUGAUCCAAAGAAUAUCUCUAAUAAAUAACGAAAUAACAGUUGCGUUAUCGACAAUGCCCAAAGCACCUGCCAUUAUAACACUGGAAGACUAUCUUAUAUUGCAAGAUCUAAUACUGAUUUUGGGUAUGUUUGAUGAAGCCACAAAUAAGAUUUCGGGAAAUUAUGUUACAUCUUCUCUUGUUAUUCCCUUAGUAUGUGGAAUUCAUAGAAAUCUUUCAUCUCAAAAACCAACUACACCUGAAGGUAACAUUAUAUUACAAAGCGUAUUAGAGUCUGUUAUAAAACGAUUAUUUCCAUUUGAAGAACGUACUAUUCCUCGUUUAAGUACCCUUUUAGAUCCGAGAAUGAAAAAAGAAGCAUUUCGUUCAACUAACAAUGCUGAAGCUGCUGUUUCAUUACUUAAAUCUGAGAUGGCACAACAUGAAAAUAACCAUGUAUUAUUAAAUGAAAAUAAUCGAGAUGAAGAUGAUGUAAGUCAAAAUAGUUCAACAUCAAAUUCAUUGUUUGGUUUUAUGGAAGAAAGGAUUAAUGCAAAAAAAAGAAGUAGAACAGACACAGUAAACUCUAUUAUAGUGCUGCGACAGUAUUUAGAACGUCCAAAUGCAAAAAGUGAUUUAGACCCAUUAAUGUAUUGGAAGAUGAAUGGUAAUGAAUUUGUGACACUUCAACGGUGUGUAAAAAAUAUAUUGUGUACACCGGCUACAUCCGUUCCCUCUGAGAGAAUGUUUAGCAAAACAGGAAUUGUGGUAUCAGACAAGAGAUCUAGAAUUAAGCCAAAAAAUGUCGACAUGUUGGUUUUCUUAAACCAAAAUUGUUGGUUGACAUAAAUAGUAUGAUAAUUUUUAUGAUUAUUAUUAUUAUUAUUAUGAUAUUUUUUAUGAUAAUAUUAAGAAAUUAAUAUUGAUAAUAUGUUGAUUUU